AUGCCUGCUACGGCAUCGCGCGCACGCCCGCGGCUCGUUCUCGAUCCGUCGCUCGAGCCCGCACAGGCGCCGCCGUCGCCGAUGCGGCAGCCCUGGCCGGGCACGCGUUCCGGCCGCUCCGGCUCCAGCUCGAACCCGAGCGACGUGUCCGAGAGCGACGAGGCGAACCGCUACCACGACCGGUCAUCCUCCGGCAUCUUUGAGCUGGACCCGGACACGCCACAGAGCACGAGCGGCUCGGACAAUGACGAGCCCUCAACGCCAUUGCACACGCACACACGGCGCGCACCGCCGCUGACCAUCGCGACAUCGAUGCGCUCGCGGCCACCGUCUGCGCCGCAGAGCGCACGCGCAUUCCACCGCGCGGACUCGGGCUCGUGGAGCGCCAACUCGCCGGGCGCGCGCUCGUUCCGCAGCUCGCUGCACAGCACCACGCCCUCGUUCUCGAGCCCGCUCGCAAUGGCGCCGACGCUCCCGGGCGAUGUCGCUGAACGCGGCGUCUUGCGCUCGCCCGACGGUGCACCACGAUACGCGAGCGCCAGCGCGGCGCACCGCCACAAAACACAGCCGUCACGCACGCAGCUGAACUCGUUUUCAAUGCCACGCACGCAGAGCGGGCGGCGCAUCACGCCGCCCUCAUCGAUGGGACCGCCAGCUGUGCCGCGGCACGCACAGACGGCCGCGCCGAGCGCGAUACGGCCGCGCCCGGCACACCGCCGCGCACACUCGACGACCGGCGCCUCGGACGCGAUCCUGUGCAGCUCGCCAGUUGGCGGCUUGGACGGCGUCGAUCCACAGCUCAUCGCGGCAAUCGGAUCGUACGAAACGGGCUCGCCGCGCGUCGAGUCGUCGUUCGCUAUGGACCGCUCGCACCGCACACUCUCGAGCGAGGGGUCGGGCACGUCCGAGCCCGAACUCGCCUUGUCGCCGCCGCCGAGCGACCUGGCCCACCGCCUGGAUAAUAUGUACCUCGACUCGCCCGUCGCAAGCCCCGCGACGCGCCGCGCCGAGGGACUGCGCAUGCAGCGCGUCCCGCGGUCGGUCGCGCUGGCGAGCGACGUCUCCGUGCCACAGCCCAAGACGCAGCGGCGCGUGUCGCAGCAGCCGUCGCCGCAACCGUCACCCACCGACGGCGCGUACAGCCAGCCGACAGUGCUCGGCCUCGGCCUCGGCCUGCCGAGCCUCGACGUGCGCCGCUCGCGCUCGGUGGACGAGGCAGACGUGUCGACCGCGAGCACGGACGCAUACGACGCCGAGCGUGCGCAGCUCGAUGCAUGCGUCGUAGCGCUCUCGCGCGCGUACAAGGCCAAGCGGUGGCGCGCCCGGCACGUUGCAUGGCAGGACUGGACUGCAUCACUGCCGGGCGACGUCCCAGACCGCCUCGCAAAGCACUGGAGCGGCGUGCGCUGCCAGCUCCCGAGCCUCGACCGCAAUAUGCCGAGCUACGUGCGCCUCGCGAGCGGCAUGCGUGUCGUGUCGAGCGUGCCGUCGCUGCGCAGCCACGUCGAGCCAGUCAUCCCGCCGCGCCACGAGCACGACGUCUUUGGUGAGCGCCGCGGAGUCGGCGAGACGCCGCCGAGCCGCGAUGCGCGCAUCACUAGCGACAAGAUGCACGCCGCCGCGCCAAAAGCACACGCAGGCGUCCGCCGCCAGAACACGACCAUGUCGGUCGACGACACUGUGGCCGCCCAGCGGCAGCAGCUCUGGAACGAAGUCGUUCAGGCAAAGAGUGCAUGCGACACGGAGCUCGACAAGAUCCUCGGCGCCAUGCUUGCCUACGCCGAGCACGCCGCAGGCGUCAACGACGUGUCGCCCGACACGACCGUGAUGGUCGCCGACGAUACCCCUUUUGACCCAUUUGCCGAGUCGACGAGCGAACAAGCGAGCGACGCGUCCAUGGGGCCGCUCCAGGCGAUGGCGACGAUCGGGACCGAGCUGCGCGGCAUGUCGCUCCAUACGCUCCUAGCGCGCCCGGCGCUCUGCCGCCCGUACAUUAGCGAGAUCCAGGGGCUGGGCAGCGUCUGGGACGAGCACCCUGAUUGGCACGGCAGGGGCUGGUAUGUCGAGCUCCUCCUGACAGUCGCGGGCCUCUCGCGCGUGUUGGAGUGGUGGGACGCCGAACACCGCUUCUGGAACAGUGAGGAACAGCCGCGCGCGCCGAGCAGGUCGAAAUGGCUGCACGGCUCCGCGCUCAGCACCGACGGCGAGGCAUCGUCGUGCGCGUCGCCGACGCCGCACCGCGGCUCGCCGGACCCGCGCCUCGCCAAGAGCGAGCACACGCAAGUGCCUUCGCCGAGUGCGCGCUUUGUGCGCAGCCCCGCGGCGAGUCUGCGCCUGUCCGAGAGCCCAGCACGGAGCACACCGUCGCCUUCGCCGAGCACCAACAUGCUGAUGGAGCUGAGCUUUGAGGACGAGCGCAUCGUCUACCUGAGCCCGACAUGGCAGGCAGCCGUCGGCACUGAUCCCGCCGCGUUAAUCGACGUGCCGAUCGCGUCGCUGCUCUCGUCCCGCAGCGUCAACAUCUUUUCGCGGGCGACCAAGCAGCUGCGCGAACACUCGUGGCACACGGUCGAGAUCGUGUUUGAGAUUGCGCACCUGCCAGGCGCGGCCAACCUCCCGCUGCUGAUGGAGGCGCAGGGCAUGCUCGUGCACAACCAUGCUACGAAAGAGCACUCGCACACCAUGUGGGUCAUGCGCUUGGCGCAGACCACGGUCGACGAACAGUCGAUGGAGCAGCCGCACCUCGCGUCGCGCGUCGGCAACCUCCCGCCAGACAGCACCGCGCUCAACACGGACCUGCUCUUGUGCCGCAUCUGUGAGCGCGAGAUUCCCGCGUGGUUCUUUGAGAAGCACUCGGAGAUCUGCCACGAGAUUCACCGCCUCGAAAUGGAAAUUGCGCACGUCAACGAGACGCUGCUCGAGCUGAACGAGUCGGGGCGCUCGCUGCACGCGCGCCUCGAGGCAGAGAGCUCAGCGAUGGCCGCAGGUGCGCAAGCCCCAUUGGGCUACCGCGGCGAGACGCUUGCGCUCCCGCCGCGCUCUUCGCCGCCGUCGGCGCUCGAAGGCGCUGCGGCCGUGCCGCUCGAGCGUGCGUCGCGUGCGCACUGUGUCAAGAACGCGAUGCACGUCAUUGAAGAGGUGUUCGACGUGCUCAGCACGGCCAUGGCGAUCUCGACACCGGCCAUUCCGGACGAGGCGCCUGCGACGUCUCUCGGUGUGCUGCUUUCGCCCAAGUCGGAGCAAAACAUCGAGACGCUGCGCAAGUGGGACUUGCACCUGACCGACGACCCGGCGCUCGACCUGCUCGUGCACGACGCACGCGAGGCGGCGACGAGCAAGGUGCAUGCGGUGAACCGCAUGCGCAACACGAUCGUCUACGUCGAGACCGUUCGCAUGGAAAGCGAGCAGCGCGUCGCCGAGCUCCUGGGCGAAGAGGCACAGGAGCACCGUGACACGCCGCCGGUCAUGCUCAACGACGUCGAGGUCGACGAGAUUGGGACGAUGAAUGGCCUACUGUUUGAACCGCUGGAAGAGGCCGUGGAUACCGACGAAGACGAUGCGUCGGAUCAGCCGUCGCCGAGUGGGCACCGCUCGCCGAUUCCCAUUCCGAAUGCGCGCCGCCUGCAGCGCAGUGCGCUCUCGCCUCCUCUCUCGCCACGCGUCACGCCCGCCGACGGGCGUUUCUUGUCGAUCGGCACGAGCCCUCGCCUAGGCGCGACGCCGCUCUCGCCGAGCAUGGUGCCCCCCGCGCAACCGAAGGCGACCGCCGCAUCCAUCAAGGACUUUGAGCUGCUCAAGCCGAUUUCCAAAGGUGCCUAUGGCUCCGUCUUUUUGGCACGCAAGCGUGCGACGGGCGAUCACUAUGCGAUCAAGGUGCUGAAAAAGUCGGACAUGAUUGCCAAGAACCAGAUCACGAAUGUGCGUGCGGAGCGCAUGAUCCUCAUGAACCGCACGCAGUCGCCGUUUGUCGUCAAGCUCUUUUUCACCUUUCAGAGCGCCGAGUACCUCUACCUGGUCAUGGAGUAUCUGCCCGGCGGCGACUGUGCGUCGCUUGUCAAGGCGCUCGGCGAGCUCCCUGAAGCGUGGGCGCGGCAGUACCUCGCCGAGAUCGUGCACGGCCUCGAGUACCUGCACAGCACCGGCGUCGUGCACCGCGACAUGAAGCCCGACAAUCUGCUGAUCGACCAGCGCGGCCACCUGAAGCUGACCGACUUUGGUCUGUCUAAGUUUGGUCUGCUGGGCCGCCAGACGCGUGCGCGGCACGAAGAGGCCCCUGCGCCGAUCCCCACGACCUGGGCGCAGCUCCCCGACACGGCAAACACGCCGUCGGUGGAGCCCGUGCCCCUCGCGACGGCCGGCGCGCACCCCUCCGAGGCGUACUUUGGCAGCAUGGCCGACGGCGCGCAGGCGAAACGCAUCGUCGGCACGCCCGACUACCUGGCCCCCGAGACGAUCCUCGGUGUGGGCGUCGACGAGUUUGGCGUCGACUGGUGGGCCGUCGGUGUGAUUCUGUUUGAAUUCCUCUGUGGCUACCCUCCUUUCCACGCGACGACGCCCGACCAGGUCUUUGACAAAAUCCUCUCGCGCAGCAUCGACUGGGAGACGGACGUGGAGAUGUCCGACGUGGCGCGCGACUUGGUCGAGCGCCUGAUCUGCACGGACCGCCGCAAGCGCCUCGGCGCAAACGGCGUGGAAGAAAUCAAAAAGCACCCCUUCUUUGACGGGAUCAACUGGGAACACCUCAUGGACGAGGACGGUCCGUUUGUGCCGUGCCUCGAUGAUGCGGCGUCGACCGACUACUUUGACCCCCGCGGCGCCGUUGCACAGUCCUUUGAUACGGAGACCGACGCGCCGCAGAGCCUGCCGAUCGCCCCCAGCUCGGGGCACAGUCGGAACUCGGGCAGUUCGGGCUCGUUUGCGCCGCCGAACGAGUUUGGCGCGUUCUCUUACAAAAACCUGCCGGUGCUCAAGCAGGCGAACGACGAGAUGGUGCGCCGCAUCCGCACCGAGUCGACCGGCGCGCCCUCGUCACCCGCCCGCAGCGCGACAUGCAGCAUGCCACACCAAGCGCCGGUGCGUCCCGCGUUUGCGCACCGCCGCGCCUUGUCCGACCUGCCCACGUCGCUGCGGAGCAUGCCACGCAGCAUGCCGAGCGAGGCGGCGUCGUCGCCGCGCAGCGAGCUCCCCAGCUCGUGGAACUCGCACGCCGGUACGCCCCCAGCUGCCGUGCUGGUGGCCGACUACAACCCCGUGUCGCAGCGCGUUCUUCUGACCGCACUCGAGCACGCCGGCAUCCAGGCGACCCUCGUGGAGGACGGCGCAGAAAUGUGCCGGCUGGCGAUGGGCGAGACCAAGUACGCCGUGCUCUUUGUGAAGCUCGCGCUACGUGUAAUGAACGGGCAAGACGUGGCACGCAUGAUUAAGUCUACGCGUAAUGUAAAUGCGCAGACGCCGAUCGUCGCGCUGACGCACCGCGACAUGCAUCCGAUGGACGCGACCGGCAGCGUCUUUGACGCGGUUCUGCCGCUGCCCGCGUCGCCCGCGCAAAUCACGGCGCUCCUUGCAUCUCUGCACGAAGAGGGACCGACCGCGAGUCCCUAUGUCCUGAGCCCUGCGUUGAUGGGCCGCGACACCGAGAUGCCCCCGCCCCUGCACCUCGAUCCCACCCCCGAAUGA